AUGUCGCGCUCUUUUAAUAGAGGACGCCGGGAGUCUGCUGUAUCCGAUCUGAACCGAAAUGAUGGCUCCUACCUGCCUUCUCAUUCAUUUAACCAACCUGAAUCAAACCUUUCCGAGGAGGGUUCUAGUGCUAUUCAGAAUCGCCAACGCGUGAGUCAGGAACGACUUUCAAUGUCUGCUACAAGGCCUUGGCGGAAGCUGAGGAAUGCACUCUUGAUAACCUCAAAUGCAUUAUCCUCGGGACGGAAAGAGAAAGACACCUAUGAAAGCAACGACGCCUUCUUAGAUUACUUUUCUACUCAAAGACGUUCCUCCUUAACUCCUUAUUGCCAGCAACAAAACAGUAAUCUGCGCACCGACCAAUCCAAUCCAAAGAUUCAAAACGAAAACCGAUUUUAUUUCGAAGGGUUAAAUAAGUUAUCUGAACAACAACCAGUGAUGGAAAACGAAAAAUCCGGCAGAGAUGGAGAACCAUUUCCUUCGAUAACUCCCUUGACUCAGAGCACCCUCACCUUCGGCAACCGCGACAAGGAAUCAGAGCUUCAAAUAGCACACGGAGCGAGCAAUAGGCCGGAACAUACCACAGGGAUCAGUAUCAAACAGCAGUCCAGUGUCUCUUCCCAAAAUGCACCGAUUCAGCUGGAGGAGUGGGGUGGGUUUGAGGAGAAUGAACUACCCGAGCCACAAAAACCAACACCAAGAUUAAAGGCACGGUGCCUCUAUCAUUUGCGAAAUUUCAUUUUUUGCCCACCUAAACGUACACAAUUUCCCAAAUCGUGUGACAGCUGUUACGCGAAUCCUUCUGAAAAUGGCAAAUCAUUCGAGCACUUCAGGAGCACCCACUUUAUCUGCAACCCACAAGGCCGUUUCAUGUUUAUUUGGCUGGGAAUAGUAGCCAUGGCAACGGUGUACAACCUCUGGACGGCAAUAAUGCGUCAAGCCUUCCAUGAGAUCCAAAAGGAUAAGGCAGCACUGUGGAUAGGACUUGAUGGUGUGGCAGAUCUCAUCUAUUUGGCUGACAUCAUGGUUCAAUUCCGAACCAGCUACUUAGAGAAGGGUCUGGUGGUCAGGAACUCCCGGAAAAUAGCAACACGCUAUCUCUGGUCUCGAAAAUUUGCCUUUGAUAGCCUUGCCCUCUUGCCCUUUGAUCUCUUUCAGUCAGUUACGGGCAUACAGCCGCUUUUGAGGUUCCCUAGAUUUCUAAAGUGUUUUCGCGCUUGGCAUUGGAAAAUCAUGGUUGAAAAUCGUACCACUUUUCCAAACACUUGGCGUGUAUUAACUUUGACGCAUAUUCUGUUCCUCGGCUGUCAUUGGUUUGCAUCUAUAUACUACAUUUUGUCGGAGAGUACUCACUUCCAGGAUUCUUGGGGCUAUCCAGCACCAACCACGCCGGAGUUACAGUCACUGCUGCGGAAAUACCUCCAAUCCUUCUACUGGGCUACUUUGACCCUAACUACCAUAGGUGACAUCACUGCACCAGAGGCGACAUUUGAGUAUGCAUUCACGAUAACCACCUAUUUGAUAGGCGUUUUUGUCUUCGCAACUAUCGUGGGUCAGGUUGGCAACAUUAUCAACAAUAGAAAUGCGGCCAGACUCUCUUUCGAAAAUUUGCUCAGCAAGGUUAUUUUACCAAAGGUAAACUUCAUUUCAGGACAAUGCCAAAAGUUAUAUGAGCACCCACCACGUGCCGCAGAGGUUGAGGAAUCGCGUCCUCCGAUGGUACGAUUAUGCAUGGGAAAGGUAAGCAAGCUCUUAGGCUUAUUUCCCACUUCCACCAGUGAGAACGGAGCGAAAUUCGAGCCUACAAGAAGACACUUGCGGAAAGACAGCUCACAAAUAAAAAAAGGCUUAAAGCAAAGAAAACUUUGCUUUUCUAUCUUAUUUAAGGUGACGAUAUUUCACGAAUGCAGACCGGAGUUCCUUCACGACCUAGUGCUCAAAAUGAGACCCUACAUUUUUACUCCUGGUGAUCUGAUCUGUCGAAAGGGAGAGGUUGCAAGGGAAAUGUUUAUCAUAGCGGACGGAGUACUGGAAGUUAUAGGUAAAGCUGGCAUAGUACUCAAGCGCCUGGAAGCAGGGGAUUUCUUUGGCGAAAUUGGAAUUCUUUGCAUCAAUGGUGGUGGCAACAAACGAACAGCAGACGUACGAGCAGUAGGAUAUGCGGAACUAUUUGUGCUUUCACGGGAGGAUGUGCUUUCAGCUCUCGCCGAUCAUCCAGAUGCCCACGUGCUUCACUUUGUGAUCACAUUAAAUCAACAACCAACUGACCUCGCCCCUUCUGAAGGAACGACAGCGUUGCAAGGUGUCAAGGGGGAGGGCAAUUGGACGAAUGAGGACUUGCACGACAUUCCAUUAUCCACCCUGCACGAAUUCGCUCUACCCGGGCCCAGCAGACCCACGGGCGGCGCUAUACCUGCAGUCCACGCCGCCUCAACUUCCACUGCCCCAUCACCCGCGGCAUCCGAGGCGCACUAUCAAACAUUCGCUCUGAAUAGGGCCAAAGUAUCGCACAUCACAGAUGUUACUGCUUUGCAAGCCUACAGCCUAAUUCUUUUGUCUGUCGGGAGGUUGAAUCCUGCCGAUGAUGAUGAUGAUGAUGAUGAUGAUGUAAACAACAUAACCGUUUUUCUUAUCUAUCCUGUUUGCAGGAAGAGCAUUUUUGUAAAACGAGAAAAAGGUGCCAUUAAUGCUCUCGCCGAAUUAAACCAAUUUGUUGAGGAGGCAAUGUUCCUCCUCGUCAACUGUUCCGAAAGAAUGAGUGCAAGGGACGAGAGGAUAAACGAACUUGUGGCUGAAAACAUCUCACUUAGACGGAAACUAAAGGAGUGA